AUGACCUCGGUCGACUACAUUGUGUGCUGCAUUGGAAGUGGAGCUGUCGGAAAGUCUUCGAUAACAAUCAGGUUUUGUUAUAAUAGAUUCAGUGGGAGUUACGACCCCACAUUAGAAGAUUCAUACAAGGGGCAGAUAACAGUGGAUAAUACCAAAUAUUUCCUCAACAUAAUUGACACUGCGGGACAAGAAGAAUAUGCUGGGGUGAGGGAUUGUAACAUGCGCGAUGGAACAGGAUUCAUUUUGGUGUAUUCAAUCAUUGACGAAAAGUCGUUCGAGGAAGUCGCCACGUUACAUGAACAAAUUUAUCGGACACUAGACUUCGAGCCAGAAGAACAGAAUGUCCCAAUCGUGUUAGUUGCAAACAAAAGCGACUUGGAGAGUGACAGACAAGUGCCAAAAGAGUGUGGGGAGGACCUUGCAAAAAAAUGGGGUGUUCCCUAUUUGGAAGUCUCUGCAAAAGAAAACAUCAACAUUCGUCGCAUCUUUGAGACUGUUGUGAAAGAAAUGAAGAAGAAGCCAAUCAUUUCCGUCACAACCCAAAACGCCGCGGCGGCCCAGAAAGCGACCAAAGGAAAACACAAGAAAGGAAAAAAGUGUGUUGUAGUCUAA